AUGACAGUGGCUUCAUCUCUCCUAUUACGACUUUCUACUGGGGCCCUCCGUUGUAUGAGCAGCACUCACCAGCAGGUGGUUCCUUUCAUGGAACCACUCCAUGUCCUCGGCGGAGGAAACAUUGGAAUGCUCUUUGCUGCGUCGAUCAGGGCGGCGUUUCCGUCCUACCCAAUCUGCCUGUUGCUGAGAGAACAUCACAGAUCCAGGAUUGAUCCGGAAGACAACAAUGUGAUUGUCUGCCUGAUGGGUAGUGGUCGCAGCAGCAGACCUCGGUUGGUUCCUGUUCCUGCUCAAAUUAUUGGGGACAAAAGUUUAUCGCAGCGUCCCAUUCGGAACUUGCUGAUAACGACCAAGGCAUACAGCGCUGUGGAUGCGGUCAAAGAUGUGCACAAUCGUCUGGAUGUCGCAUCGGGAGCAUCCAUAGUGGUGUUAUGCAAUGGGGCAUUGGCUGUCAAGGACGAAUUAGAAUUGAUGAAAUCGGUGUCUCCUGAUGAUAAAAUCAACUUGACCUUGGCAACCACCACUCAUGGUGCCUACCAAGUAGAAGGCGUUUCAGACAUGUUCCGAUUCAUUCAUACUGGCAAGGGGGCGACAUUUGUCGAAGAUCAUCCAACCUUAUCGCAGCUCUUUGACCAAUCCGGUCUCAACUCGAAAUCCAUCACCCAAGAAGAAAUGACAAUCAUGCUCUGGCAAAAGCUCGCGGCCAAUUGCGCCAUCAAUCCGCUUACCGCACUGUGCGACUGUGAAAAUGGCAUGCUACUGGACAAAGAACAACAACUAGCGCAAGCCACCAAGAAGCUACCCAAUAUCUACCAGAUUAUACAGGAAGUUGCCUUGGUGGCUCAAUUCACACUGGGAAAGAAUUCCUCCCAAGAGGCGGCUCCACUGGACUUUGAAUCGUUAAGCGCAUUCGUUCACAAGGUCAUUAAUGACACCGCACACAACAGAUCAUCCAUGUUGCAAGAUGUCACCAGAAGGCAAAAGACAGAAGUAGAUUAUCUCAACGGAUUCGUCGUCGAAAAGGGUAGGGCUACCGGCGUUGAUGCUACCGCCAAUGAGGACUUGUGCCGUCGCAUGAAGGCGCUAUGGAGGUCCUAUGCCCUUUGA